GCGCGUCACUUCAAAGGGGAUUCCCGGAAAAGAAAAGAAAAAACAAGUUCACGCACCGGGUCGCUUUCGAGCGCUGUCUGGCCUGCGGGGUGCGUCCUCUACCUGGCAGCCGAUGACGACAUCGGAGUCCUUCUUAUCUAUUGGUCGAAUAUUUUCUUUGCAGCCAAUCCGCACUCCUUCAGGAGGUGGGGGUAUUCCUGUGAUUUCUGGUUCAAACAUUUUGCCAAGGAGCUGCGGGCGCAAAAGCGUAGCGACUUCGGAGCGAGAGGAUGGCGCUUCGCUUUUGGCUGGCCGGGGUCGCCCUCUUGCUCCUCGGGGAGCGCUCUCCUGCUCCUCGGGGAGCCAGGCUGGGCCCUCCCCUACGGUAUUAAAGGAUCCCCGGCGCUUGGCUCCUCCUCGCACUCCCUGCACCAUUUCACCACUGCUAUAUCUGAACCCAAUCAGGGCUUUACCAAAUACAUCGCAGUGGGAUACGUGGACGGCCAGCUCUUUUUUCUGUACGACAGCAUCACCCGGAGAGUGCAGCCUCGAGCGCCCUGGAUGGAGAAGAUGGCAGAGAAAGAGGAUCCAGAAUAUUGGGAGAGGAACACCCAGCUAGAACAGCACAACGAGCAGGUGUUCAGAAGGAACCUGGCCGUCCUGAAGGAACACUACAACCAAAGUGGAGGGUUUCAUACCUGGCAGUGGAUGUGCGGCUGUGAACUGAGGGAGGACGGGAGCCCAGGGGGAGGCCAUUGGCAGUACGCCUACGACGGGAGGGACUACCUCAGCUUCGACACGGAGACCCUCACCUGGACGGCUGCUGAUUCCAAGGCCGAGAUCACCAAAGAGGAGUGGGAGAAGGAUCUGGCCCUUGCCCAGAGACGGAAGGCCUACCUGGAGGGGGAAUGCAUCAAGGGAUUGCAGAUAUACCUGCAGUACAGGAAGGAGAGGCUGCCGAAGGCAGGUGAGCAAUGGGAUGGAGGAACAAGGAGGUCUUCUUUCUGGGGAACCAGGGCCAUCUUCUCUGCCUCCCUGUCUCUCCCGCUUGCUCCCACCUUUGACCCAAACAACCCCUCAGCUUAUGAUUUGCCCAAAAGGAGUCCAGCUGACAUUUAUUCCCUGCUUUGGACUGCAGUUGUUCAGUAG